AUUGUUUCUCCAUGGUUCCUCGUUUUGGCGCACGCGGAAGUGGAUUGUCGACCAAUUUCCUUUUCCUUUAUUCAAAAAUUCCGAAUUUAUCAUCAUUUUGGGAGGAAAAACUUUGAGAAAAGUAUUUGUGGUCACGUUUACCGCGAUAUAGUUGUGUCAUUAUACAAUUAAACUGGUAAAAUCACGAUGGAAGUGGCUGACCUGAGCGAUAUUCUGAAUGUUCGUUCUAUAAAGAUGGAAAACAGUGAAAAUGCAUUCGAAGAUGCAUCGGAAGGUGUUGAAAUGUCGGAUCCUCUAUCGAAUAUGAUACCUCAGUACGUUACUGAGUCAGAUUUAGGCUUAAUGCAAACAAGUGCAGAGAUAUUUCAGACACCGCUGGCGAUGUUCGACACGGCUGAUGAUGAUGACACCAUGCAGAGCAAUGAUUCUGGAGAGGAGGUGAUAGUCCAGCUGAUGGACAUAAGGACCAGGCUGUCAAAAUUGAGGACUAUGCUGGAGAGAAGGCUCGGUGUCGACCUCUCUGAUUAUACCUUCUGGCUGCAGGAUGCGAAGAUGCUGGAAUGCCACAAGACGCUGGUGGAGCAGUGCAUCCGAGGGUCAGGUGUGGUGCAAGUAAACCUUCAGAUACGACCGUCCACGCGGAAGAUCAACAUCCUCGACGUGCUCAAACCUGACGAGGAGCUGGCGACGUCCAGGGACAGCGACUACCUAGAACUAGAAGAGGAAAUGCAAGAGCCAUCUGAGGAGGUGUCGUGUUCCCCCGUGGAGCGUCCUCACGCGGCCGCCGUCAACUGGGUGGUGGACAACCAGUUCCGCAGCGACCACAGCCGCCUGCGCAUACCGGACGACCCCAACGACUGGUCAGUUCAGCACGUGAAACUCUGGAUCCAGUGGGCAGUGCGCCAGUUCAACCUGACCGGCAUAAAGUUGUCCGACUGGAAUAUCAGCGGUACACAGCUCACCACCAUCACCAAUGUGGAGUUUAAAGAAAAGGUGCCGUCAGACCCAGGGGACUUAUUCUGGACACACUUCGAGUUGUUGAGGAAAUGUAAAUUCAUUGCCGUUGUCCAAAACGAUGAUCAACAAGCGACACCAAAAGACGUAAUAGAAACACCACAAUGCGUCAUUAAGAAAAAGCCGAAACAGCUGGUGCUGCCAGCCAGCCCCGACGACGAGGUGGGCGCGGCGCGCGGCGGCAGCAACGGCCAGGUGCAGCUGUGGCAGUUCCUGCUGGAGCUGCUCACCAGCGCCGAGUACUACGACGUCAUACGCUGGCAUGGUACAGAAGGGGAGUUCAAGCUGCUGGAGCCGGAGCGCGUGGCCCGGCUGUGGGGCGCCAGGAAGCACAAGCCCGCCAUGAACUACGAGAAGCUAUCCCGGGCGCUGCGGUACUACUACGACGGAGACAUGAUCGCCAAAGUCUCCGGCAAGAGGUUCGUGUACAAAUUCGUGUGUGACCUGCGACAUCUUAUCGGCUACAGCCCAGGGGAGUUGGCAGAGCUGGUAACAGAAGUGCAUAUAAUGAACAAAGUUAACCUAUACGUUAAUAAUUGUAAAUAAACAGGUCGGAAAACAUACGUUUGUAAGAGUUUGUUAAAUAAGUAAGAUGGAUGCACCACUUGACUAGGCCAAUGAGGAUAAAAGCUGCCUUUUUCUCCCAUCAGAGGCCUGUUUUAUAAAACUUACAAUUGUAAAUUACAAUGACAAUUUGAUUUACAUUGCGGAGUGGAAAAGUUAAUACCAAUUUAUACUUCAUCAGACUUAACUUUGGUAAAUAUCCCGCUGGCUGGAGGUCGGUUAGAAAACUUUGUAUUUCCGUUUUUUUAACGGAACAAAUUCUGUUUUCAGGAUAAUUCAGUAGAACAAAUCCAGAUCUAAUUCUCUGCAUCACUCUUAUGUCUCCCAGACAGGGGAUCCCCUCUGAGUGUAGACACAUCACACUAUUUGAGUAAACAAACAUAUUGUUUUGGUUAUAUUUCUGCACUAUAACCCUUUGCGCAGCCUUUUGUUUAAUUUAUUUUCUUAUGGACGCAUAAUCGGCAGGCAUAUAAAAAUGGAACACACGUCAAUUUAAAUUACCCACCCAAAAUUUUAUAUUGGCCAAUUUUUUAUAAGCCGAAAAAGAAAAGAAACGGGUAAUAGACAAGCAUAAAAUUUAUGGAACACACGUCAAUUUUAAGCACAAAUCUAAACAACCAUAUAAAAAAUAUACAUUGGACUGUAACCCUACAGAAUUAAGUUGACAGCACACAUCAAACGGGUUGCAUAUCAGCGAAAUGUCUAUUUUAUUCGCCCGGAUUGUUCAUUCGUUUUAUAAUUAACAGUUAACAAUCAUCCGUCCCUUUCCUUUACGGCGGAUAAGAAAAUGACAGGUAUAACUUAAAGUAAAAUUAGGAAAUGACCCCGAUUCCUACAGACACCUCCUAAUUUUACUUUAUGUUAUACCCGUCAUUUUCUUAUCCGCCGAAAAGGAAAGGGACGGAUUAUUGACAGCUCUUAAUUUUAGGAAGAAUGAGUAAAUGAAUGAAUAACCCGGGCGAAUCAAAAAGGUAUCUCGCUGGUAUGCAAACCGUUUGACGUGUGCUGUCAACAUAAUUCUGUCGGGUUAUUGGCCAAUGUAAAAUUUUUAGACGGUUGUUUUAGAUUUGUGCUUAAAAUUGACGUGUGUUCCAUAAAUUUUAUGCUUGUCGAUUACCCGUCCCUUUCCUUUUCGGCGGAUAAGAAAAUGACAGAUAUAACUUAAAAUAAAAUUAGAUGGUGUAUAUAGGAAUUAGCUACAUUGUCUGCAGGAAUCGGGGCCAUUAUGGAGAACUGUCAAAAUGUCAAAACACUCAACAGUGCUGCCGCAUACAUUUGAGCUUCUGGUUUUUAUCCUCAUUGGGAACUUAGUCGAGAGCUUACGUUUAUUGAGGGGAGGUCUGUGCCCAGCAGUGGGACGUAUAUAGGCUGUUUAUGUUACGUUUAUAUGUAAGAAAAGGACUGAACGUGUUAAGGUAUUUCAAUUAUGUUUAAUUUGUGAAUACAUAUUAGCCAGAAGCAGAAGGCAAGUGGGAAACCACUGCCCUAUUUUUCCCUAAAAAAGUAGCAUGGAAAAUGCUGCACCGACAAGAGCGUGGCUCUUAAAUUGAUGAUGGCAUGAUAGCCGUGUUCGCAGAACGCGGACUUGCAUCGCUCUAAACCACUGAAUUUUACUUAAUCGGAUUCGAACUUGCGACCUCACAGUGAAAGUCAAAGUCUUCCAACUGGGCUCAUUUUAUUAUUGUUAUACAGGGUGUUAGUAACACCGUAACGAAUACUGAAGAUGAUUCAGCUCAUGAUUUAAUCGGGGGUAAUAUCAGCUCCAAGACAGUUAAUCCCAUGCAUUUAUGUCUUCUAAAUAAUCACUUCUUCUAUCGUGUGGGUUAUGUGGAUGACCAACCCCAUAAACCCUGGUGUCAGGGUUAUUAUUGAGCCGCCAAAGGCCCCUGACGUGACUUAAGUAACGACUACGUACUUACAUCAGUAAGUAGUAACCGGGACCAACGGCUUAACUUGGCUUCAUCAGAUCAUCUUACUCCUGGACAAUCAGGUGAUCAGCCUGCAAUAAUCAUUCAACCUCAUCAACCCUGGUGUCAGGGUUAUUAUUGAGCCGCCAAAGGCCCCUGACAUGGCUUGAUGAGGUUGAUAAUUCACCUCACAACCCACACGAUAGAAGAAUAGUCACUUACCUUAUAGUAAGCUUUUUUUAUAAAGUUUCUGUUUAAUUACUGUUCAGAUGGAUUCUGGAUAUUAUUGGGAAUCUUAUUAUAAAAACGUAUACUUUGCCCCUUAAGAUUAUCUUUUGCAGUCGACUAAUAUGAUACUGUGUCCUUUUCUGUCACUCCGAACCGUCAUUUGCUAGAGCGAUAUAAAUAGAUUCGAGUGGGAUCUCCUAGUCCAGUGGUUGAUACUUAUUACACAACACAUUCAAAAAUUAUUUACACAGUUUAUAGGUACACCGUUAUAUCCCUACCUCGGUAAAAUCAAAAAAAUGUAAUUAUAAAACAAAAAGUAGUAACCGGGACCAACGGCUUAACGUACCUUCCGAAGCACGGAUCGUCUUACUUUCGGACAAUCAGGUGAUCAGCCUGUAAUGUCCUAACCAUACUAGGGACCACAAAGUAGUUUUUGUGAUAUGUCCCCACCGGGAAUCGAACCCGGGACCUCCAGAUCGUGAGCCCAACGCUCAACCACUGGACCACGGGGGCCGUUGUGUAUGGUGACUUGUUGUUUUAAACCGAAAUAAAUGGUUGAUUUCUCUAUAAUUUCAACCCUUGAACAUUAAGAUCGAUGUAUGAAACUCUUAUGGUAGUAUUAAUAAACUAAUCUCAGCUUCGAGACUGCCCUCAAGAUCAUGUCAGUGUGACAGUUCUCAUAUAAAAACAGAGACUUGAGCAUGAUCUUGAGGGCAGUAUCAGGUGAGAUUCGUUUAUUAAUACCACCCUUAGUAUACUUGAUUAAAAUUAGGUUUGUAUAGUUAAUAAUGAAAGUAUGUUAUGUACAAAUAUAGUUUAUUUAAAAUUUU